AUGGAGGUGCGUGCUGGUGUUCAUGUCCAGUUACUCGUUCUGCUUUUCGAGAACCCCGCCGUGCUGCCUUCUGCGCCACUGGGACCGCGGACAGCGCUGGUCCAACCCGACUGGGCUGUGCUUCGGUGGAACGAACCGAAACGACUGCCAGACACCGUACUCGGGUACACCGUGAGAGUUCGCGAGCUCGGCGACUCGGAAUUGAAUGACACCUACACUGCAAUCGCUGGCCAGCACUCUCCAUUCCUGUUGGACCGUCUGACCGGCGGUCGGACGUAUGAGUUCUUCGUCACGGCGGUCAACGACCUCGGCGAGGGCGAGCGCAGUAACCGGGUCAUCUUUGAGACGCCGCCGGCUGAACCCGAUCUACUGGAAGACGGGUCGGGCGCUCCGACCUCCGUGGACCCCGCUGUGUGCUGCCGUGAGAGCGGCGUCCCUCCUCGCUGCCAGAAGUUCUGCUCUUACUCGGGAAUGGCCGAGGAAAAAGAGUUUGGAAAUGGGUGUGAGAACUACUGGACGCAGAUUGCCGGCUGCGCGACUGAAGGACGGGGACGGGAUACCGGCCGCUGUUGUACAGUGGCUCUGCCGGAUCCGUGCCGGUCCCUCUGUGAGGGCCGCGCCCUGGGGGACGACUGUCGCCGGGCCGCCCUGUACCUCCUGCGCUGCGCCACCUGGCAGGGCGUCAGGCGACCCCCGGCCGUCACGGGGACACACGUCACCAAUGUGACGGAUGAUUCGGUGACACUGGUGUGGCAGCGGCAGAACAGCACCGACCAGUACCAGGUCUUCUACGGAAAACUGAACUCGACUGAAGCUGUCUUCCACUGGCAAAACCGACUUGACCAGGUGAUGGACGUCACUGGCACAACGCAGGCCCAAGUGGCGGUGGCUAGAGACGCCCUGUACGGGUUCUCUGUGUCCUAUGUGGACGCAAAUGGAACGCGGGCGCACUGGGGGUCGACCCUGCUGGUCAACGGGUCAGCUGGGUCUGGGCUCCCCAAGCUGUCGCCUCCCCACGGAGUGACAAUCAGAGGAGUAUCAGAACAUGGCCUGGACGUCACCUGGGAACCGCCAGCUGAUACGACCGGAGGCGUGAGUGUACGCUACAGGCUCUAUUAUCAGGCUGAGGGUGAGCCAGCACCAAGAGUUGUGCACUUGACGGAUACGAGCCACAACCUCACGGGACUGGACGGUGGCACGGUGUACAGUGUGUGGGUAACAGCCGUGUCGGACGACGGAGCAGAGGGCGCUCCAUCAGAAACGGUGGAGGAACGGACCAGGAACCCUCCGGAGAUAGCACCGACUCUCCAGCUCCCCAGGGUCGAUCCCAGGGAGCCCACCGAGGGGGGCAACAUGACCAUCACCUGUGUGGCCACCGGGUCGCCGACACCGACGGUCACCCUGGUCCUCAAUAAUCGCGUGCGGAACCAGGUGAGCCACUUCUGA